AGAGUACGAAAUUAAAAAGCAUGUGGUAAAUGGGGUAUGCUGAUAUAGACCUUCAUUGAAGCCUCUUUAAUUUCUUCAUACACAGUACUGUUUCUAUUGCUUAUCUUUUCUUGGUUCUAACUCUCCACAAAUGAUAUUCUUGUUUCCCAUCAUGUUAAACAUGAUCUCCACAAACCCAAAAUCAACAUCACACUAACUAGUUUGAAUGCACUAUUUUUUUUGCCAAAUACGUUGUACCCUUCGUUUUCAGGGUCGGCCUAAACUUCAAUUUCAUUUUCUUCACACUUGUGGGUAUUCAAAAUUGGUGUUCUACUCAUCAUUCAUUUAAAGAAACUUUCCACUCUAAUUGAGUCCCUAAAAACCAAAAAAAACAUCCAGAACAGGUAGUUUUCUGAUCACGAAGCAGAGGUGCCUUUAAUCUAUGGGGUACCCUUUUAAUUUCUAGGGUACCCAUGUUGAUACUUUGAUGCUAUUACAUGGGUCUUCAUGAAUAUGUGAAGCCUCUGGAGUUAAUAUCUUUUCAGAAGUCUAAAAAUCCAUUGUGAAGCAUAUGGGUUUUGGCCUUUUGGGUCAACACUGGUCUUCUUCCCUGUUUAUAAAGUUUGAAGCUUCAACCAUGAAAUCCAUUGCCACAAUGAGAUUGCCCCUUUUGAUAUUAAUCCUUUUCAAUAGUGCUUGUGUGUAUUGCCAAAGGCCUGCUGUUAUAAAUAUAGGUGCACUUUUAACUUUCAAUUCGGUGAUUGGUAGAGCUGCGAAGGCGGCCAUGGAAGCUGCCGUCUCCGAUAUCAAUUUGGACCCGAGUGUUCUCAAUGGCACUCAAUUGAAGUUAAUCACGGAGGAUACAAAUUGUAGUGUGUUUAUGGGUUCCAUUGGAGCAUUUCAGGUGAUCGAGAAACAAGUAGUGGCAAUAAUUGGCCCACAGUCCUCCGCAAUAGCUCAUAUGAUUUCUCAUAUAGCUAAUGGUCUCCGAGUGCCUCUUAUCUCAUAUGCUGCCACUGAUCCAACUCUGUCUGCCCUUCAGUUCCCUUACUUCCUCCGAACCACGCAAAGCGACUCCUACCAAAUGGCUGCCAUGGCUGAUUUGAUCAACUUUUAUGGGUGGAAGGAGGUUAUUGCCAUCUUUGUGGAUGAUGACUAUGGGAGAAGUGGAGUAUCUGCUUUAGGUAAUGAGCUUGGGAAGAAAAUGUCAAAGAUUUCUUAUAAGUUGCCAUUACCCACCCAAUUUGAUCUUGGUUACGUAACUGACAUGCUCAAUAAAACCAAAUUGCUUGGACCUCGUGUUUAUGUGGUUCAUAUUAAUCCUGACCUGGAGUUGAGAAUCUUUAGUAUAGCUCAAAAGCUUCAUAUGUUGACCAGCAAUUAUGUGUGGCUUGCAACGGAUUCGCUUUGUGCCACUUUAGAUUCAUUCUCCCCUGUGAAUCGAGCUUCUCUGCAAAUCCUCAAAGGUGUAGUUGCACUUCGUCAACAUAUUCCACAGACCACCCAGAUUAAGGCCUUUGUGUCUCGUUGGAGAAAAAUGCAGCAAAAAGGAUUAGUACAUUCUGGGUUGAAUGCAUAUGGACUGUAUGCUUAUGACACAGUGUGGGCAGUUGCACAUUCAGUUGAUAAAUUUUUAGACAAGCACGGGAAUAUAACAUUUUCUUUCGAUGAUAAUUUACAUGGUAUGGAAGCAACUAAAAUGCAGCUUGAGAAUCUCAAAGUUUUUGAUGGCGGUCAACUUCUAGUCAAGAUAUUGUUGCAGACAAAUUUCACUGGUUUGACAGGCCGGGUUCAAUUUAAUGCAAAUAGGAACCUUGUGAUUGGUGGGUAUGAUGUCAUUAAUUUUGGGCAGAUGGCAAUUCACAGAGUUGGUUAUUGGUCUAAUUAUUCAGGUUUCUCUGUUUUACCCCCCGAAGCUCUAAAAGGUGAACAAGUAAGCUCUUCCCGUCUAGAUCAGAAGCUUGGUAAUAUUACCUGGCCUGGUGGAAAGACGGAAAAGCCACGUGGAUGGGUGAUUGCUGAGGAUGAAAAGCCAUUGAGAAUUGGAGUACCAAAUAGAGCCAGUUUUAAAGAUUUUGUGACAGGUUUUAACCACAGCCACAAAAUAGAAGGAUAUUGUAUUGACGUGUUUGAGGAAGCACGAAAACUAGUCCCAUAUGCUGUUCCUUACAUAUUUGAGCCUUUUGGGGAUGGUCAGUCCAAUCCCAAUUAUGAUGAGCUUGUGAAGAUGGUUGCAGAUGAUGUGCUUGAUGCAGCAGUUGGGGACAUUACAAUUGUUAUGAACAGGACAAAGAUUGUUGAUUUUACUCAGCCUUAUGUUGCCAGUGCUCUCGUUGUAGUGGUCCCCAUCAGGAAUUCAACAUCAAGUGGUUGGGUUUUCCUCAAACCAUUUACAGUGCAGUUGUGGUGUGCCACUGCAGCUUCUUUUGUGAUGAUUGCAGCGGUUAUUUGGAUUCUUGAACAUCGUGUCAAUGAUGACUUUCGUGGUCCUCCUAGGAAACAGCUUAUAACAAUGUGCUUGUUCAGCUUCUCAACUCUGUUCAAGACAAAUAAGGAUACAGUUAGUGCACUUGGACGGAUGGUAAUGGUGGUAUGGCUUUUCUUGCUGAUGGUGCUCACAUCAAGCUAUACAGCAAGCUUAACUUCAAUUCUUACAGUCCAGCAGCUUUCCUCAUCCAUCACGGGGAUCGAUAGCUUGAUUACAAGCGAUUGGCCUAUUGGGUAUCAAGUAGGGUCAUUUUCUUAUAGCUAUUUUACAGACAUUCUUAACAUACCUCGUUCAAGACUUGUAGAACUUGGCUCCCCAGAAGAAUAUGAGAGAGCAUUGCGACAAGGACCUAGUAAUGGAGGGGUGGCAGCUAUUGUAGAUGAGAUAACAUAUGUGGAGUUAUUUCUGUCAAAGCAGACUGAUUUUGGAAUUGUUGGGCAACCAUUCGCAUGGAGGGGAUGGGGAUUUGCUUUUCAAAGAGACUCUCCGCUUGCUGUUGACAUGUCAACGGCAAUCCUUAAACUGGCUGAGAACGGAAGACUUCAGGAGAUCAACGAGAAGUGGUUUUGUAAGACAGGUUGUUCUGCAGAGAGGAUAGGAAGCUCUCAGCCUAAUCAGCUCCACUUGAAUAGCUUCUGGGCUCUCUAUGUUUUAUGCGGUGGUUUUGCUCUCACUGCCUUAAUCCUGUUUUUGCUUCGUACUGUUCGCCAAUAUAUCCGGUACAAAUUGAGUCAGAUGGACCAUUCUACUCCUUCCUCCUCAGUAUCAUUAAGCACCCGUUGUUCUCAUGCCAUUUAUAGCUUCGUUCACUUCAUUGAUGAGAAGGAAGAAGCUAUCAAAAAAAAAUUUACCCAGCGUGACAACCCUCAACCCCAAACAAGCUGAUCAAUCAUGUUUUACAUUCACAAAAGGGUUCGAAGGGGCGGUCUAUUUUGUUAGAGCAAUUUGAAUAUUUUGGUGUAAAAAUGAAUACCAGUUUGUAGAUGACAAGUUUAGUACAUUUUUAAGUAGCAUAAUGAAGCAUGUAAAUAUAUAUAUAUAUAUAAACAGUGCAAUAUAUAGUUCUUCAUAUUGAUAUUUAUUUUUCUUCUGCUCCA